AUCAACAUCGAAUGCCGGGACGCAAACGGCGGCGUGUCGCGCUCCAGUGUCACGACCAGCAGCGUCCCGCCCGGCGGCGGCGCAGCCUCUGCGGUGCCCUCUGCAGUGUCAAGCGCGCCCGCCGCCCUCGGCCGCGGCGACGACAAUAGCGGUGUGGGACAGCCGGCGUCGCCGGCGGCGCCGGCCGUGCGGAGCGGAGCGGGGGCGGUGCGGCUGGCUGUCGGGGGCGUGGCGGCUGCGGCGGCGCUGGGGUUGCUUCUGUGA